AUGCGGUCGCCAUUGAGGAAGGAGGGGGAGGGGCGCUCCGGCCCCCGCCUCCGCCUCCCCAAUGUCAAACCCCCCGAAAGCAUCGACGCCGAACGGGCGGAGGGGGAGAAGAAACGAAACCCCCCGGCCCCCGCCCUGCCGUCGCUGGCGCUGCCGAAGGAGGCGUCGACGUUGGGCAGGGGUCCCUCCUCCUGGGAGGGAUGGCGGCCGCGAAAAUCCUCGCCCGAGCCGCUCUCCACGAGCCGGAUGGCCGAGGUCGAGCGGAAGAAAAUCCAGCGCGGGAGCAAAUUUCUUGACCUGUAUUGGCGCCUUCCGUUUAUCGCGCGCUGCAAGACCAAGGCCCGGAAGCUGAUUAACCGCCUGAUGGUGCGCAUGAAGCUCACCAAAACCAUGGAUGUCGCGUUCUACGAGAAGGACGUCGAGACGCUUCGCUAUUUCUUCGACGGCGUCGACCUGGGAAGCUUCGGGGUGCUCCACCGCGUCGAUUUCAUCGACUUUGCGAUGCUGACGCUGUGCGAGGAACUCGGGAUGGGAUGGCGGGAGGUCGAGCGCCUCGCCUUCCCGGGCGUCAACCCCACCCACCUCCCCCUCACCAUCAACUUCAACAACUUCGCCUACUUCUACAAGGAACUCGCGGUGCGGGAGGCCGAGCGACAUGGCGGCGGCCUCAGCCCGCACAAACCGACGACCCGGUGCCAUUCCCUAAAAUCCGCCUCCACCCACGAUGAUACGAAGUCCGUGCAGACGCUCAUGUUGAUUCCUUCCCCGCCCUCACGGACCUCGGCCUCCCUGGCGGAGAGCCCCAGCGCCCGCCCCCCGAAACGCUAUAACUCCGUCUUCGAACCGGCCCCCACCUCGGGGAUCUUGCGCCGCCGGUCUUUUCUCCACAAAACAUGCAUGACGCCGAACCCCCCGAAAUCACGCCGGUCCUUCAACCUCGAUAAAUUGCCCGAAAAGUUCAGCUCCCUCGGCCUGACCUCCACCUCGCACGGGGAGGCGUUAUAUCCAUCGCACAAUAACUCCUAUUAUCGCAGACGACACAAUGAGUCCUACAGCGGAUCCGGUAUUGAGCUUCACUGGCAGCAAACCGGUGACCAAGUAGAGAAGAAGCCCCGCCAUCACUCGUGGAUCUUAUAA